AUGUUAUGUGAGUCUGUUGCAUCACAGUCAGUGUGGAGGAUGGUGCGCGAGAUGAUCAUGUACUGCUCACCGUUUCUACAUUGGCUCCUACUUCUCGGGUUGAUUUUGCCAGCAUCAGUUGCUGAGCCUAUUUACCAUGACGGUGAAUACCACCCGCUGGCAGCCGUGUCGGAACUGACCUCGCGGCUGGCAUCUCACAGCCAGCACCUGCAGCCAGUACAGGAGGCUCGGCUGCCGCUGCCAACCCCUCAGGACUUGGAGACCAUCAAGAAGGUCGCGCAGAUACUCGUCAUGUUAGGAGAACAGGUGAUUCCAGCUAUCAUUGGUGAAAAGCCGUCAUCCAAUAACAACGACGUCAGCGAGGACUCUGUUAACGAGAGCUCUCAGUAG